AAAGAAUAAAACCCUAAAUCUCCAUCUUCUCAGCCUAUAUAAUUCUCAUCUAAAACCCUACUCCUCAUCUCUUCAACCAGCAGCUUCCCCAGUAGCAGUCUCACCCAAAGGAUUUGAAUUGAAAAUGUCAAACCCAAAGGUUUUCUUUGACAUUCUUAUUGGCAAGGCGAAAGCAGGUCGUGUUGUUAUGGAGCUCUUUUCUGAUGUUACUCCAAAAACUGCAGAAAAUUUCCGUGCUCUCUGCACUGGCGAGAAAGGUCUUGGAAUAUCUGGCAAGCCCUUGCAUUACAAGGGUUCAGUAUUCCACAGAAUAAUCCCCAAAUUCAUGUGCCAAGGUGGAGAUUUCACAAGAGGGAAUGGAACUGGAGGAGAAUCAAUCUAUGGCACAAAGUUUGCGGAUGAGAACUUCAAGAUAAAGCAUACAGCGCCUGGUCUUCUUUCAAUGGCAAAUGCUGGGCCUAACACAAAUGGUUCUCAGUUUUUUAUUACUACGGAGAAAACCGAGUGGUUGGAUGGUAAGCAUGUUGUGUUUGGGAAAGUCGUGGAAGGCUACAGUGUGGUCAAGGAAAUGGAGAAGGUUGGUUCAGCUAGUGGAAGCACUUCAAAACCUGUUGUCAUCGAAGAUUGUGGUCAAAUAGCAGAGAAUUGAUGAGACAGUAUAUGACUUCAAAAUAUAAUUCAAUAAAGGAGGUUCUUGGAUUACAAUUUGCUGUAUUGUAGGUUUAUGUUAAGACUUGAGAAGAACCAUGUAUAUUAUGAUAGGCUCGGAGAUUCAUUUGAUGCCUGCCUGCCUGCAAAUUUGUUUUAAUAGCAGCACCCUGGUUAACAUGUACAGGAUUUAGUCUUUUCUGUGAAAAUAAUCAUUUCUCAUUGAAGAUCAUUACAGUACAUUAUUUGUAAGGAGCACUGUUGCUAUAUUUCCAUAAUAAUAUUAGCCAAGAAAAUGA